AUGGAUACGGCCUCAGCACAUGCAUCCGCCGCUUCCGCCGCGGACGCCGGCGCCGCUGCCGACGCCGCAGCUGCUGCCGACGCCGCAGCUCUGCCGCGGCAGCCGUCCUUCUCGCGGCGCGUGCGCGCCACCGAUCCGCCUGUGAUAGCAAAAACCAAGGCCAUCAUAGCCGCGUCCGGCCGCGCCGCCGACGUCACCUCAUUAGCCCAGGGCGUCGUCUUCUGGGGCCCCCCCCGCGCCGCCCUCCGCGCCGCCGCCGCCGCGACCGCCGCCGCGCUCUCCGACGCCUCCGGCGCCGCCGCAGCCGCCCUCAACAGCUACGGCCCGACCCCAGGGCUUCCGGCGCUUCGUGAUGCGCUCAAGCGGGAGCUGGCGGGGCGGGGGUUGACCGGUUACGCGCCUGUGGUGACGCCGGGCGCCAACUGCGCGUUCACGGUGGCGCUGCUGGCCAUCUGCGACGAGGGCGAUUCGGUGGCGCUUUUCCGCCCCGUCUAUUUCAACCACCGAAUGUCGGUCCAAAUGACGGGCGGCGGGCGGCACAUCGUCACCGGGCCGCUGCGCACUGACCUGCGGCCCGACCUGGACUGGCUCGAGGAGGCGCUCGGACUGGGGCAGUCCAGGGGGCGGCAACCAAAGGAGGACGGCGGCAGCGGCGGCGGCGAACGCGGCGGCGGGAGGGAGGGAGGAGGGCGAGCGGCGGGGGGGCCGCCAAAAGUGGUUGUGCUGGUCAACCCGGCCAACCCCACAGGCGUGCUGCUGACGAGGGCCGAGCUAGACCGCGCGGCGGCGCUGACGGCGGCGGCGGGCGCGUGGCUCGUAAUCGACAACACGUGA